AUGGAUUUGAAUAAUCAAAACAAUAGCAGCAUUGGUGAGUCAGAAGAUAAGAUUAGCGGAUUACCUGACGCACUUAUUUAUCAUAUCCUGUCUUUCCUUGAUAUCAAGCUUGUUGUUCGUACUUCCGUUCUGUCUACAAGAUGGAAUGACAUCUGGGCCUCUAUCCCCAUACUUAUAUUUCCCUCUUGGACAAGCGAAGUCAGUUUGUCGGAGAUAAAUAAAUUCAUGGAUUUUGUGGAUAGAACGUUGCUUCUUCGAGACCCAUCAUCAAAUAUUCAGAAGAAUUAUUCUCCAAAUAAGUACGGUCUACAAGAUUAUAAUCUCAAAAUUUAUGCACGGGAUCUAGUAUCUCUUCUCUACAAUAAUGUUGUGGCCAAGGAUUAUGACCUGUCCAACUUUUUGAAACUAGAUAAUGCAGAAAUCUACUUUCGUGUAUAUGAUGAUAGGAUAGGUCAUGGUGCAGCUGUGAGUAAGUUUCUUCGAGCACUUUCACAUGUUCAAAGUCUAAUAAUAGAUACGGCUGACCUACAGGAUGUCCUCUAUGCAGAAGAUUUCGUAAACAUUCUACCUAGAUUUAAUAAUCUGAACAAGUUGGACCUGACUCUUGGACCAGCCUCGGAUGAAUUAAUAUUUGCAUUGCUCAAAGCACCACCUAAUCUGAAGAAGCUUCAAUUCGACUGGGACCUUUUUGACCUUGACAAUGACGAUAGAGUGUAUGAUGAAACUGACGACUUGUUUCGACACAUCCGUUCAGUUCGGUUCAGGAGAUUUGAGUGGGAGGGGGGAGAGUUGCGAUGGGGGAAAUUAAUUAUGAAAACUGAACAAUCUUUACAUAAAAUGACGAUUCGUACUGGCAAUUGUGAUUAA